AUGGCCGGUGAUAGACACAGCCAGUCCGAUCCUUUUUCCGACACAGCCGCCAUUCAAGACGAACGCGAGGCCAUCGUCGAGUCGACGUUGGGCGUAGGCCGAAAUGCCACGCUCACACUCGGGACCGACGCCGUGAUUGUUCUGGACGACGGGCUUCGUGGAAACUCGGGCUUCGAUUGUUUUGGAUUGUUCAAAAGAACGACAAAUACCCACUCGAUACCCUACUUCAACGUGCUCUGGGCUGAACUGGUCAAGGGCGAAUUGACCAUCCAAUAUGCCAAACCCACGUCCAAAUCCUCCUCCUCCUCCAACAACAACAACACCCCCGUCCGCGUCGCAUACAUAAAUUACACCAUCGAAAGUACAACGGCGGUAGAAGAGCGGGCGCUGCGGUGGAUAGAACGGCUGCUACAGCGGGCGUACGGGAAGGCGCAGCGCAAGAAGAGGAUCAAAUUGCUGAUCAACCCGUUUGGUGGCGCAGGCAAGGCGGCCAAGAUCUACGCAAAGGCGAUUGAGCCGAUCUUUGCGGCUGCCCGGUGCGAACUGGACGUCGAGCGCACGACGCACACGGGCCACGCGGUCGAGAUCUGCGAGAAGCUGGACAUCAACGCCUUCGACGUCGUGGCGAGCGCUUCUGGCGACGGGCUACCGCACGAAUGCAUCAACGGGCUCGCGAGGAAAUCCAACGCGGCGGAGGCGCUGAGGAAAGUUGCCGUGGUGCAGCUGCCGUGUGGCACGGGGAACGCCAUGUCGUGGAACCUCACCGGCACCGGGGAACCCAGCACCGCGGCACUGGGCAUCGUCAAGGGCAUCAGGACACCCAUGGACCUGGCCAGCGUGACACAGGGAUCCACCAGGACACUUUCUUUCUUGUCGCAGUCGCUGGGCAUCGUGGCCGAGAGCGACCUGGGCACGGAGAACAUUCGAUGGAUGGGCGAUGCGAGGUUCACGUAUGGCUUCCUGGUGAGGCUGAUCGGGAAGACGGUGUACCCGAUCGAGUUGGCAGUCAAGACCGAGAUCGAAGAAAAGGACGACAUUCGACGGCACUACGCAGAGCACAUGGCCGCCGCUCGACGGAGGAAUCAAGCGGGGAUCGCCCUUUCGCGUGACGACCUGGACGGGCCGCUGGACACGUCGACGGGACUGGGUCUGCCUCCGUUAAAGUACGGCACGGUCGACGACCCUCUACCGGGCAGCGACGAGGGAUGGACACCCAUGACGUCGUAUCCCAACAUGGGCAACUUCUACUGUGGAAACAUGGCCAUGAUGGCCGCCGACGCGCCGUUCUUCUCGGCCUCGCUGCCCUGCGACGGCCUGUUGGACCUGAUCACGAUCGACGGCGACAUUCCGCGGACGACAGCGGUUGGUCUCAUGUUGUCUGUGCCCAAGGGGACGUUGUUCGACCAGGAGUGCGUUCGGUAUCGAAAGGUGUCGGCGAUCCGCGUCGUGCCCAAGUUCGGCAACAUGGCCAAACGGUCGGAGAACGAGGCGCGGCAGAACAAAAUGGGCCAGCUGCUCGAUCGUAUGGGCGUGUCGGGGAACGGACGCAACGCCUCUCGUGACGGCGGCUAUUUCAGCGUCGACGGCGAGAAGCUUCCGUUUCAGCCGUUCCAGGUCGAGAUACACAAGGGCCUCGGGACCGUGUUGAGCAAGAACGUCGGCAUGUAUGAGUGUAUGGGGCCCAAAGGGUGGGAGGAUGUCGUAGUUGGUACGAAUGGGACUGUGUGA